AAAAUGCACAGAGCCCCAUUCUCUGCAGUUCAUGUGAGACAUCCUGCGAGGUGCAGCCAGUCUGAUUUUGAGAGGCAGUAGUCAUGGUGAGAGCCGAGCCGAGCAGACAACUCUGGAGAGACGCCUCUCUUUUUGAUCAGCGGCCACGGCACGCCUAAGGGCCAGGCGGAAGGACCUGAAAAACCAGCUGCCUGCGAUUAUUACUCUCAGCGAGGAGCAGCUCAAGAGCAACAAGUUAGCAAGCGUGGAGCCUCCUCCUCCUCCUCCUCCUCCUCUUCACAUAAACACUUUGAUUCCCACAGAAAGCACACACACAGAGGCAUCUCUGGUUGUUUUUAAACUCUUUUGGCCUUCGUUUUUGUCCGUGCCGUCUGUUUGUACCUGUGGGACUGUCACUUUAGCAGCACCUGGGACUUAUUUACUUAUCAGAGUAGCACAAACUCUUCUACUCUGGUCCACUGGUGGACUAUGCCCCUAUCAGUCAGCUGAGGGAGGGGGCUCUGCAGCUGCUCAGUCUCCCAUCUGGAGAAGGCUUGGGCUGAAAUUAAAGAGGAGACGGUAAUUACUGAAGAUGCAAGCUUCAACUGUCUCACCUGGGACCAACACUACAGUACCUUCAAACACAACCACCACCACAAAGACCAAAGAACAAAUACUCAUCCAGAGUUCUGGGGCAAUGAUCGCUGUCAUCGUCAUAGGUAUCAUCAUCCUUCUUGCCAUUCUCCUGAUCAUCCUGAAGACGUACAACAGACGGACACAUGUAUCCAGAGUCCUGGGAGCCAGCGGUGCCUCCAAACCUCGUCCGAAGAUGUCACAAUCCACAGUUCCGAGCAGCAUGCCGCUGAGCACCAUGGGAGUCAACUCUGUGUCGGGCAGCAUCUCCAAUUUAAACCCAGCUUCAGAGAAUGGCUUCCAGCUGCCCAGAAUGGAGGUGAUCAGUGUGGAGGGAAACCACAUAGAGCAAUGCAGCACCAUCAGUGAAUCCACUGCGAUAACCAUACACAAUUCUCCAUCAAUGAGAAACACAUAGCAGCAAGACUGUGGUUCUCACAACAGGCACUGACUGAUGUGUCGUCUUCAUCCGUGACCACAUACUGUGUGCAGACUGAAUCCUGUGAAAACUCAAUCUGUGACGUUAGUGUUUUCACUGUCAAUCUCCACCAACUGGCGACUACAAUGAUAACAUGUCCUUUUGGUGUGAAAAAAUAUACAUCAUGAACAAAAUGGUACCAUAAACAGACACAACGGGUUGCAUGAAGGAUGUUGAAUGACGGGGAACUGAGACGUUCUUGAGAAGAUUUGCUUUUUGGCUACAGUCAGUGUUCAGAGUAUAGAUGCCAGACAUUUCUUACGGUUUGUAAUCUUUGCAGAUCACUACUAAUACAAUAAAAAAAGUGUAGUGUAGUAAAGACUGUAAUGGCUUGAGAACGUUGCUCAUACGUGUGUACAUUUCUGUAUUAAAAAGGAUCACAUAGGUUCAUGAGUAAAUUUAGGAUUAGUAUAAACUUCAGAGAAGACAAAGACAAUAUGAAAGAAGCUAACUCAGUGUGUAAUGGAUGCCAGUAUGUUUGAGGAAAAUGUGUUGAUAUUGCAGAUUUAUGAUAUAACAUUAUAUUACAUUAUUUACAAAAUCUGGUUAACCUUGCAUUAUACUGUCUUUAUCUUCUGAUCACAGAUUCUCUCAGAUUAGUUUUUGUUUAAGAAAUCUAUAAAAUGUCAGUGUACUUUUUUUAUUACCUUGUAUAACGAAGAGACCACAGAGAUAUUUUAUGAGACAUCUGGGUGUCAGCCUAACACGCUGAUGUGAAUCCUUUGUAGUUUGAUGCCAAAGGAUUUUGCACUUUAUUUCCAUUGCUCCCUGUAUUUGUAUGUUUUGUGGUUCUUUAAGUGAAAUGAGAUGGAAAAUAAAAAAUAAUAUUUCUA